AUGACGCUGCCUGGAGCAGUGGCUGCCGCCAGAGAACGCCGUGGCCUGCUCGAGAUUGGCAGUUGCUCUCCGCCAUUCCCGCCUAGUCCGUUCCAUAUCGGGCAUCACAGUUGCUCUAACAAACACCGGGACACCCAGGGAUCGACCAUUGUCCUCCCACGUUUUUCAGUCGGACUAGGCUUGGUGACAAUGUCAAAAGAAAAGACGUUUGGUCGCAGUGCACAGGCCAUGGCGGGCCGACGGUCGCGGUAG